UGCAGAGGUCAUGGGCACAAAAAGAAACAAAGAAACGAAGAGUAGAGAAAAGUUUUGCUGAUACUGGAGUGCGCUAUGACGAGUAAGCACUGUCCUGAAAUAUCGCACAACUGUCUACUCCAUUGUGUGUCUACGAGCAUGAAGUAGCGAAGAAAGAACAUGCUCUGAGAAGGAGUGCGACGCACUCUGGCUAGUGUGCAGCUGCGGCUGGGAGCGGGGGCGGGAGGCUCCUACCUAGCUGGAAACGAAAACCUCACGCCAUGCUCAGCUUAAGCCCGAGAUCUCGUCAACCUGAUCGACAUAUCUUCACUUGAUGGGCUAUAUGACUUCUGCGAUGAUGCUUCUGCCGGAGAACAACAAGGAGUAGAAAAGGAAUCAUCUUCACAACGGGUACUAGAGGGUACUACAACAGACCUCUAGUAGCUCUGGAGCAACAGUCACCAACGGUCUUCGCGAAUUCUAGAACGAGCUAAUCGAAAACUCUAAUUUUCGAGUUACUGACUGAAAUAGGGGACGUAGUUUCGCAAGACUACUCUUCCUUGUUCAGUUGUUCUUGUAUCUUGGUUAUUCUCGUCUGCUACUCGGUUAUUCCAGUUUUUCGAGUACAAAAUGUCAGCGACUUUAGCAUGGGACAGUUUUUUAGGCGUGGGGCAGCAGCCUCCUGCCAUGAUUACGAACGCGAGAAUUAUGGCACUGGAUGCGAACAAUUUCAUUCUCGUUGGAGGUCUCACAGGAAAACGUUCGAAAAGAGUGUUUCAUCUGAGACCAUAUGCAGAUCAAGGAUGGCAGUGGCUCGACAUCACCCCCGAGACGGGAGAUGCGUUUGAAGAGGUGUCGUUUGAUGUCAUCAACCUUGAUGCUUUUCUUGUUGCCCUUUCACCAGUUGCCUUUGAAGAUGCGUUUGAAGAGGUGUAGAGUAGUUUGCCCUGGUGAUGUUGUUUCACCUUUAAUAUUUCGGAAGCCAAACACAAAGACACUGAAUGAAUCUUCAACACGACUUACAGCACUGCUCGUUCGUGACUGAUGUUGCAACAGGUCUGCAACCACGCGAUGUGUGGAGUAAUGUACGAUAGUACUCGCGUCCGCGGUAGACUCAAUCGUGACAAAGGCAGAGCCAUGCUCUUUGCUUUCGGGGGACAGACACAGGGAGACCAGGGUCGGUUCGGACUAUCCAGUUCCACCUGGUUUUUGGAUUUAGAGCAUACUGCGGGACCGGUAUGGCGAAAACUCUUCUGUCCAGAAGCACCGAGCGCUAGGGAAGGGGCAUACGGUAACUAUGGACGAUUAUAAGUAUUUAAUGUUUCUUCAUUAUAUUGGUAUUGUUCUCCAUAUUUGUAAGUAACAACCGCUGAUGUAAUAACGGGAAAUUAUACACGAUGAAAGUCACAUCUUCGACAACAACCUCCUUUCGACUACACACACAGCUCUUUUGCACGAAAAUGCCAUAUGGCUGUUUGGUGGACGUGCAGCAGCGAUGAGCAACUCAAACGGGAUAAUGGCAGACAUGUGGUCUUUGAACAUAGACAGCUGCGACAUGGCAGCACCGGUGCAAAAUCCGAAGGCAUAUAAUGUUAUGAUAGUGGAGACGGAGUUCAACUUGAAGAUAGCUGAAGUUGAAGAGGUGGAAGUGUCGAGUCUAGCAUGCCUCCUAAAGCAAACGCUAGUAGACUUACUUCUAUCUUCCACCUUUACGUUUUUUAGGCACUAGAAAUCUUAGAUGAUUUCCUCCAACACCCGCGGCAUCGGAGGCUCAACCUGGGUGGGCCAUUCAGCGGAGAAAAGUCAGAGGUAUCCAAAAGCGCGGUUUGGACACGCGAUGGUGUCAAUAAAGGAACGAAUCUACAUGUUUGGAGGACAAAAUACACCGACUCAGAAGCUUGGUGAUUUAUGUUAUGAGGUGAGAUUUUUGUCAUGUACUCCGACCCUUCAUUGGUUCCAGUGACACGAUCCAGUCAACAGAAUCUAUGGAUGAUUUUAAUACUUUUUACCGUUGUCGUGGUGCGUUGUAGCCGUCGCUUACUUCAUAAGUACUCAACUGUUUCGUCUAAAAAAAAUCGCUAAUAACGGAGCUAUCAAACAAGUGGAUCGCGACAGGGCCACUGGAGUCUAGUUCGCACAGUAGGGAAAACACCAGCACCUAGAGCCGGUCAUGCAAUGCUCUUUAUGAAAAUGGUUGUACAGGAACAAGAAGCAACUCUCUCAUAUCAAAUGAUCCGGAGUUUUCAGCUCUCACUUCUCAGUUAUGGUGUCUAAAGAGAUCGGAUUGAUACCAAGAGAUAUCCUUAUUCCCCUUUCAUACCAUACAUCGCUCCCGACUCCUUAGUAGUAUGGGGCGGACUACUGAAGGAUGCGCCAGGAGGCUUCCCAGUGAUGGGAUCAACCGUGUACGUCUUAGACCUCCAGUGUCUGUAUUGUUAUGGUCAACAUUUAGUGUCCAUCAUUCUCGGCAUCUUGGUGCCCUUUUCCCUUGUAUUCUCGUGAAAGACAAGGUAAAAGGGAUCAAGAUGAGGGGGCCGAGAUGCAAUCUAGCAGACUCUAAUAUUGGACCACGCCUUAUGUCAGUGGAGACUGUCCACCACCACGGAAAUGUAUGGCGGUUAGCGACUUCAGUGGGGGAGCGUUUGUGUGGUAUAAUAAUUUUAGAUUUAGUUGUACGAGAACGAAGUCGCUACCUUGAUAUUUGGGAGAGGUGUGCUACAUCUCGUACUACUUUUGUACGUAUCUAUGCGAAAAACUGUCAUACAUCAGGUUCAGGAUAUUCUUGGACUUGGAAGCGUGAAUCUAAAUCCACCUUGAUUCAUCAAUUUCAAUUGCUCUCUUUUCGGAGCAGAGGUGUGCUUGUUUAGACAGAAGAAAUGUAUCUUCAAUAUGCAGCUACGGCGGAGCGCCAUGCGGAGACGUACUGCGAAAUACAGUAGAAGCACCGCAGAGAGCGGUCGUCUACAGGCUACAAUCGCAGGACCAUAGCUGCGAUGACACGAGUUCGGUUGGCGGAGGACAGGAAGCAGGAGGUCCUAGUGCGACGUCAAAUGCAGCAGGAGGCGAAGACGAAUCUGGUUCCUCAAGCAUAUCCGCAACGUCACGAGAUCACUUCCUCUCUGAAGGUCGUGAUAGACUGUUGUCCAUGAAGCUGCAACUAGAGAGGAGGAAAAAAGAGACGGUGGAACUAGCAACGCAGCUGAGACGGGAAGUCGCUGUGCGAGCACAGAAGGAUAGAAUAUUGGAAAAUCUAUCUGCCGAUUUGGCAAGGAUAAGCUCAGAGGGAGAAUAUUUGAAGAAACGGAACGCGCUCUUGUACAAAAUUGGCAGCCAUGAAUCGUUGCUUAUGAAUCAAUUUGCUGUUAAGUAGACUAGCGGUCACAUGUUUUUGCUUUUGAUUCAUCUCCAGCUCUACCUACUAUAGCUAGGUAACUGAUCAUCAUUCAGUUACUGAUGAUCCAAAAUCCAUCCCCUAGCCACAUCAAGGUCACGCUCGUCUUCUCCGUCUCCGUCGCUCUCCAUCUCCCUCGCUCCUCCUCUAACCUCUUCCGCAAAUUGCAUGAUGAUUUUGGGAAGAAACUAAGAACUUUGGCUGCCCUAGUGGAGGCGAUAAUGAUCGCAAAAGAGGGCGGCGAUGAAUACAUCAAGGAGCUUUUGGGAGACGAAGUAGAUGUGGCCGUCAAGACGCCGGAGAAAGUCGACGCCGAAGGAAGUCAACCGCCUAGUGCCAGUAAAGAAGGUGCAGCGAGUAGUGCAGCAAAGAAGGGAGCAGCUAGUUCUGGGAAGAAGAAGAAAAAAUCCGAUGCUGAGGAGGAAGAGGCCAGAAUAGCUGCAGAAGCAGAAGCGGCUGAGGAGGCGGUAUUAUUACGAUCUUGCGUAUUAGCCCACUUGUUGAGCGUCUGGUGAUGGUGUAGUUUCGCAUUCGGAUUAUAGGAUACACUGUUUCUACCUAGAAGUCCUACUUAGUAAGUUUGUAACUCUGACUCCUUCUAGUCCUACUACGCAUUUUUAUUCAAAUACUCUCUCACUCUCUCACAGGCCGCCGCCGAACUGGAGGCUCUCGAAGCAGAGCAUAAGACCACAGUGCAGCAAGUAAUGACCCUGGACAGGAAGCUUGCUAAUGAAGAAAAACGGGUUGGCGAUGUUCUCCUGAAACUGCGAGACGAAUUGGGCGUCUUAGAUGAUGCACAAGUUAAGGCAUGAAGGCUAAAUCUGAUCUGACUCACGACUACUUUGGUGCAGACGCAUUCUAUUCGAUCUCACGACUACCUUGGUUUUUUUCACACGACAAUCAAACACGCCCAUCAUUCUUUCCCAAUGUAUGGUUCUGGUAUUUUUGGUAUAGCCUGAAUUUGAUCCUAAGGGUUCUCUUCUUGUUUUCCCUUAGGAUCAAACUCAGGCUAUACCAAAAAUACCAGAACCAUACACCCAAGCAAUCGAGAUCUUCUUCUAAUCCAUCGCUCGCAGAGGAUCAAUUGCCGACCUCACAGCAAAGAUCUCCAGCCAGAUCCUCGCCAGACAGGUUGGAAAUGGAAAAAUCACCGACCGGCAUGAUGCUUGAGCAUCAUAGUAACUACGUUGCUAAGAGAGGAGCAGGGGGCGACGGAGACGCAGAGCAAGGAGGACACGGGAUUUCGGCUGAGUUUGAACAGACGUCCCAGGUGCUAUUGGAUGAGACAGGAGCGGGGGGAGCUGGAUGAGGGUUCUGCUCCCAGGGUUGUAGUAAUGACACUAAUGGGUCGAAAGCGAAACCGUAAAGAGAACAAUCUCUGUCGCGUAUGAAACGUUUUUGGUAGAUGCAAAUCUUGCAGGAUUCAUUUCUGAUGAUUACUGGUGAUGUUCCUCGUAAUAAUAGUAUAAGUUCAAAGUUCAUGACUACUUCUCUUGUAAACAGUUCUUCUUCAAUGAGUACUUUCUUGUCCAGUAGAUACAGAUAGAGAGUAUUGAAUUUUGCGAUAGUAGUUACGACUUCACGGAUUCGAGACCGAGUAGGAGCAACGCCGAUUCUCUCAUGAUUCCUCUUCACUAUAAUUCUUGUUUUAAUACCAACAUUGGGAAAACGUAAACGCUACAACAAAUACAACCACAAAGAACAAGCCACGUGAAGUACUUAUACUUACGACUUCAU